AACAGCUGAUUGAUUAUAAGUUUACAACAGUACAAAAACAACAGCAACCAGAACUCGUGGACUUUUUAAAGUACAGGUGAAAGUGAGCUGAUGAGGUGAAAGGUCAACCCGUUAUAUAGAGACGCAGCUUAUGCUACGGUCAUACACUCGUAGAACCUUUGGUCAAUAGUACGACUAGAAAAUAGAAAGAGAGCUUCCAUCUUGAUCACUCACCAUGAGCAGCAUAUCCAUUCGCCGCGCCCUACUUUCGGAUAAGCACGCUGUGACACACGAAAUAAGCAAGGCAUGGGGCGACAUGGACUACUUCUCGGAUCUCUACGACGAGUUCAUCUCUGGCCCAGGGUGCAUGGGACAUGUGGCUGUAGAUGGCACUGACGUGGUGGGGAUCACUUGCGGUAUCGUCGCGGACGGAGGCCAGAUGGUGUGUACAAGGGGCUCAAAAGUGAAAGACAGCCACCAAGGCCGAGGCAUCUACAUGAGCAUCCUGGACGCCAUGAACAGAGAGAUCAAACAGACGACGGACGUCACGUGGGAGUCGGUGUCCGUUGUCAAGGCGACGGCUGAGAGGAUCAACAAGAGCUACACCCAGAGGAAAAGUUUCCGGGAGAUCAUGAGACUGUAUGAUUCCCGCACCCAACGGUAGAACUUUGCUUCCUCAAGAAACACCCAUCAAGGCAGUCACACGGAAACUGAUACUGAAAUAACUUGAGUAAAGUGUGUGUGUGUGUGUGGGGGGGGGGGGGUGUGAUGACUUGCUGGAAAAACGGGGAAAAGCUGGAAAAAAGUCAACAAGUGACAGAGCCGUUCCGC